CUGCAGAAGGUUUUUUCCUCCUGGUAGAUAGCCGCAGCCAGAAUGCGACCAGGGUUUUCUCUUGCCCGGGCGUCUGCCUGGCCGCUCGGGGACUCGUUAUAUAAACGAUGGCCGCCCCUUCCCUCGGAGGUCUGUGAGCUACAGCAGCCCUCUCAUCUUCGUCCCCCCGACCUUCACCCCGACCUCGUACAGCUUUACGGAGACGGUGAACCUCGUGCAAGCUUCAUGAGCCGUGGCAAUGACCCUCGUUAAGAAGUUGGCGGCAGCUUUGGCUGCUCUAGCCCCUCUCUCCAAUGCCCUCUACAUCAAUGGCUCCGUCACUGCGCCGUGUGACUCGCCUCUGUACUGCCAUGGCGAAAUCCUCAAGGCAAUCGAGCUUGCAAGCCCUUUUUCCGACUCGAAGACAUUUGUGGACAUGCCCACCAUCAGACCGUUGGAGGAAGUCAUUGCCGCUUUCAAUAAGCUUAGCAAGCCGCUAAGCAACAAUACCGAGCUUAAUGACUUCUUGGCGGCCAAUUUCGCCCAGGCCGGGGGCGAGCUCGAGGAAGUCCCGGACAACGAGCUGGAAACCGAUCCCGUGUUCGUCGACAAACUCAACGACACCGUCAUCAAGGAGUUUGUCAGCGCAGUUAUCGACAUCUGGCCCGACCUGACGAGGAGGUAUGCCGGCCCUGGGAACUGCUCCUCCUGCGCCAACAGCUUCAUUCCCGUCAACCGCACCUUCGUUGUCGCCGGUGGCCGGUUCCGCGAGCCGUACUAUUGGGACUCGUAUUGGAUCGUCGAGGGCCUCCUCCGCACCGGCGGCGCCUUCACCCAGAUCUCCAAGAACACCAUUGAGAACUUCCUGGACCUGGUCGAGCAGAUCGGAUUCGUGCCCAAUGGAGCCAGGAUCUACUAUCUCAACAGAUCUCAGCCGCCCCUGCUUUCGCAGAUGGUGCGCAUCUAUAUCGAGCAUACCAACGACACGAGCAUCCUGGAGCGCGCAGUACCGCUGUUGAUCAAGGAGCACGAGUUUUGGAUGAAUAACCGUACUGUCGACAUCACUGGCCCUGAUAACAAGACGUAUACGCUCAACAGGUAUCAUGUCGAGAACAAUCAGCCGAGGCCCGAGUCGUUCCGGGAAGACUACAUCUCGGCCAACAAUCAAUCCUACUAUGCUACGUCCGGGAUUAUCUACCCCGAGACUGCCCCGCUGAACGACAGCCAGAAGGCAGAGCUAUACUCCAAUCUCGCCAGCGGCGCCGAGUCGGGCUGGGACUACAGCUCCAGGUGGUUGCGCCAGCCAGAAGACGCGGCCCAAGACGUCUACUUCCCGCUGCGCUCGCUCAACGUCCGCAACAUGGUCCCCGUCGACCUCAACUCCAUCCUCUACCAGAACGAAGUCGCGAUCGCCACCUUCCUCAACGAGACGGGCAACUCGACGGCGGCAGCGCAGUGGGCUGGCCUGGCCGCCAAGCGGAGCGAGGCCAUGUACGCGCUGAUGUGGAACUCGACGCUCUGGAGCUACUUCGAGUACAACCUGACGAGCGGCGCGCAAAACAUCUACGUGCCGGGCGACGAUGACUCGACCGCGGCGGAGAAAGCGACGGCGCCGGAGGGCUACCAGGUGCUCUUCGACGUCGCACAGCUGUACCCGUUCUGGACGGGGGCGGCCCCCGCGGCGCUGAAGAACAACCCGCUCGCGGUGAAGCAGGCGUACGCGCGCGUGGAGUCGAUGCUGGACCGUCGGGCGGGCGGCAUCCCCGCGACCAACCUGCGGACGGGCCAGCAGUGGGACCAGCCCAACGUGUGGCCGCCGCUGAUGCACGUGCUAAUGCAGGGCCUGCUCAACACGCCGCCCACCUUCGGCACCGACGACCCGGCCUACGAGGACGUCCAGGACCUCGCCCUCCGCCUUGGCCAGCGGUACCUCGACUCCACCUUCUGCACCUGGUACGCCACGGGCGGCUCCACCAGCGCGACCCCCAAGCUGGCGGGCCUGGGCCCCGAGGCCAAGGGGACAAUGUUCGAGAAGUACGCCGACAACGCGACCAACGUCGCCGGCGGCGGCGGCGAGUACACCGUCGUCGAGGGCUUCGGCUGGACAAACGGCGUGCUCCUCUGGGCGGCCGACACCUUCGGCAACAGCCUGACGAGGCCCGACUGCGGCGACGUCGAGGCCGCGCACGUCAGCCCGGGCAAGAAGAGGAUGGCGGUCGAGCUCGACGCGAGGGACGCGGCGUGGACGAAGACGUUCGGCAGCGUCAGGAGGGCUGCGGAGGCGGAGGCGGAGGCCAGGAAGAGGGGUGCCCGGGCGGAGGGGAGAUAGGGGAGGCCCCUCCGAGCUGGAAAUAAGGAGGGAGAGGCGAGGGGAGAAGACGGGGCGCAGACGGGAUUGUCAUGGACAUAUUUGCACGAUAAGGGUGUGAUGGAACUCGGAAUCGUUGAGAUUUGGGUCGUUCGUGCUCUUGAUGAAUCGA